CGCGGGUGAGCCGAUCUGAGCCGAGAGGAGCCGAGCCGAGCCGAGCCGAGCGGAGUCAAGUAGGCGGCGAGCGGGGGCUUUGCCUGAGCUUGUGCUCCAAGUACCCAGGCGGGGACCAGUUCGCCCGGCGAGGCAGCGAUUCUCCAUUCCCGUCAUGGCUGCGUUACGCUACGCGGGCCUGGACGACACGGACAGUGAAGACGAGCUGCCGCCGGGCUGGGAAGAGAGGACCACCAAGGACGGCUGGGUGUACUUCGCCAACCAUACUGAAGAGAAGACACAAUGGGAACAUCCUAAAACUGGAAAAAGAAAACGAGUAGCAGGAGACCUGCCCUAUGGAUGGGAACAAGAAACCGAUGAGAAUGGACAAGUAUUUUUUGUUGAUCACAUAAAUAAAAGAACCACAUACUUGGAUCCACGACUGGCAUUUACUGUUGAUGAUAAUCCAAAGAAGCCAACAACCAGACAGAAAUAUGAUGGCAAUACUACUGCUAUGGAAAUACUUCAGGGUCGUGAUUUCACUGGAAAAGUGGUUAUAGUUACUGGAGCUAACUCAGGAAUAGGAUUUGAAACUGCAAAGUCUUUUGCUCUCCAUGGUGCUCAGGUCAUCCUGGCCUGCAGGAAUAUGGCAAGAGCUAAUGAAGCAGUGUCACGCAUUUUACAGGAGUGGCACAAAGCCAAGGUAGAAGCCAUGACCCUAGACCUUGCUUCUCUCCGAAGUGUGCAGAACUUCGCGGAAGCAUUCAAGUCCAAGAACAUAUCUCUGCAUGUGUUGAUUUGCAAUGCUUCUGUCUUUGCCCUACCCUGGAGCCUCACAAAAGAUCAUCUUGAGACCACCUUCCAGGUGAAUCAUCUGGGACAUUUUUACCUUGUCCAGCUCCUUCAGGAGGUGUUGUGUCGCUCAGCCCCAGCUCGUGUUGUUGUAGUCUCUUCAGAAUCUCACAGGUUUACUGAUAUUAAUGAUUCCUCAGGCAAACUUGAUUUGAGCCUGCUUUCUCCACCUAAGGAAGAGUUCUGGUCCAUGCUAGCAUACAACCGUUCCAAGCUUUGCAGUAUACUCUUCUCUAACGAGCUUCACUGCCGCCUGUCUCCCCAUGGGGUCACCUCGAACGCGGUGCAUCCUGGCAACAUGAUGUACUCAUCCAUUCAUCACAACUGGUGGCUGUAUACCCUGCUGUUUACCUUGGCCCGGCCUUUCACCAAAUCCAUGCAACAAGGAGCCGCCACCACUGUCUACUGCGCCGUGGCACCCGAGCUGGAGGGCCUGGGAGGAAUGUAUUUCAACAACUGCUGUCGCUGCUUGCCUUCAGCAGAGGCCCAGAACGAAGUGACGGCCAGGGCCUUGUGGGAGCUCAGCGAGAGGCUGAUCCAAGAACGAGUUGGCAGGCAGACCAGCUGACGGGGACCUCCUGUAAGGAUCAAAACACACCCAGUGUAUGUGUGCGCAUUAGAAAACUGCCAACUCUGGAACCUUUCCAAGCUUAUCAUCUAGAGGGUUUCCAUAUACCUCAGAUACAGAUUAGCUAGUGUUAAAUGGAAUAAUAGCAGUCACAACAUAGUGAAAAAUGUUAAGUACUAAUGGGAAGUAGGGAAUUCUGUAGGUUAAAGGGACAAUAUCUCUUUCUGGGGCUUUCUUUUGCUUUUCCGUAGGAUUGUAGCCUUUGCAAAGUAGAGCCCUCAGUGAAGUUUGGGGCAUCCUUUGUGUUACUUUAGAAGCGCAAGACAACUUUUUCAUUAAUUUCCUGGCUCAAUGUUCUACAAAUCACCCACACAAUCCCCCCCCCUUCCUCCUUCCCCAGCCCCUUUGGGGAAGGAGACUUCUUCUUUAAGAAUUGAUCUUGGUCAGGAAAUAUCUGUUUCAUGCAACCUGACCAAAUUCGAUUGGGCUUGGCAACAGAAAGGAAGGGGACUUGGGUCCCCUUUCCUUCUAUCCCUCCCCCACUUUGCUCUAGACAAAAAAGCCUCAGUGAUGAUUAGGAGUAUGUGGUGCUGAGCUAGCUGAAUAUACACAGAAAGCAGCGGUCACUUCCUCCCCUGCUGAUUAAAUAUUGAAGAGUAUUUUUGAGAUAACAAAAUGUAUAUCGGACACUAUUCCCUAAAAGGCUUAGUUUAGAGUCAGGAAAGAAGAUCCCAAGUCCUUAAGAUACAUAAAGGGUUGUGAGGGGCUUGACUCUCCAUGAAGACUUUUAAAGAGCAUCUCUCUGAGGUUCAGUUUCUCAGUUCUCCUGAUGCCCGAUCCUGCUUGCAUUUGUCUUUAUUCUCUUUUCCUUAUGCUUUAAUAAAAGAACAUGCUUAAAUAUUGUCACCUGAAGAAAACAUUUGCAUUGUUUCUUUAAAUGUAUUAGUCUCUAAAAAAACAAACAAGGAAAAAUAAAUAGCUUCUCGUAGAUGCCAUGAAAAGAAGGUUCUUGCGUCUUCGCUGAGUUGUGUUGUGUUUUUUUUUUUUUUAGUUUUGUGCUUUGUGGCUAUUUCCUUGCCUGAAAGUUGUCUCACGCCAUCAGCAUCCCAGCAUCACAUCU